GAAGUGCCUACGCACACUUAAUGUUUCGAUUAACAAACUUCUCUCACGAUCCUGAGAGACUCCAUAAAUCGCUCUCGUGUAUCAAGUAAAUUAUCAGUAUGUCCAAGAGGGUAAGCAUCAUGUUUCCGGAGGAAAUGCCUGCGGCUCCAUCGGGCAGCAGCAGGAACCCGAUGCCCAACCACACUGUAAAAAGCUCCAUCAAGAACGCCUUCGGCGUUCGGCCGGAACUUGAACCGCCCGUGUUUGUAGUCGUCAGUCCUCAUGGUAGUCGGAGCUCGAUGACCUCUGGACAGCAGGACAGUACCCGGACGUAUAGCCGCAGUUCCUUCAGCCAGUCCGUCGAGCGGGGCUUCGAAGAAAGCGCAGCAGCCCCGGAAAGCAGCGCCAUGGUUCAAAGUGGCUCGGCAAACUCCCAGCAGUCACCCAAUUUCGAAUCGACCACCACCUCGAUCAAGGAGUUCCUCAGGAGCACAGUUGCUCUUGUCAAGGCGGGCGAGUCUUUCACAUCUGUGAAGCGGCUUUUCCAUAAGUUUAUCAAAAGCAACGGCUCUAUCUCGAACCCCAAGCCAUCGCUGGUACUCGCUGAUUCCUCCUCCUCUCAGGUCGUAAGUGGGGAAAAUCCCUACCUUAGCAAAUCUAACGACACGCUUCUAAGCGACAUUCCGAUCCAGUUUACCGUCCCCAGCUCCUCGCAAAUGACACCGACCAUUCACCAUUCGAACUACUCCUUCAAAAACCAGAGUUACGACAUCACAAGCCUCCUCUCAGACAUCACCCCGCUAACGGGCUACUCGCCCAGGACCACCUUGGCCAGCACUGAAGCUGGCUACCCUACCGACUCCUUGGCACAGAGUGCGUUGCAAAGCGUGCGGUCGGAGACACCUUUGGAAGGCGCAACGCCCGGCAGUCACUCGAAGUCGAGGAGUCCCAGUCCUCUCAAAUUCAAGACAAUGCCUUCUCAAAUCAAGUUAGCGGGCUUCCCAAGGUGCUACCUCACGAAAACCCGCUCAAGCAGUAGAUCUCUCCGCAGGAAAAUGAGGGCUUCCCCCGCUAGUUCACCCAGAAGGUCGCCUAAGUUGUCACCCCGAAUCGAGCAGGCCGGGCCUGCAGUACAAGCCAUCUUUGCCUUGGUAAGCUCAUCCGGGCCCAACUCCGAGGGAUCGCGGCUAUCGAGCCAGUCGAGACGGAGAAGCAGCCGAGGGCCAUCGCCGAACGUGACGGGCUCCGCCAGCUCUGGCUCGAUGCCGGACCUAGCCAACUCGACCAAGUCAAUAUCCGGUACCGAACCCUUCCCCGGAAAAAGAAGGAGCUCGCGCCGCAGCUCUUCCAGAAGCCCCGGCAGAGGCUUCCUAAACAGCGCUUCGCAGCGAGAGAAGAGCGAGAUGGCCGUCUCCAGGGGAGAGGGAGCCUUCGCUAUGGUCAGUCCCGAGGAGGUGAGGACCAGCGAGCUAGGAGAGGGCUACGGCGGGGAAGUCGAGGAGGCCUCGACCAGCUGCCGGACGUACCAGGAGCAGUGCAACUGCCACCACUGCCAGGACAUGCGUCGCGCGGUCAGGAGGGCCGACUUCUUCCAGUCGCCCGAGGGACAGAGGCGAUUAGAAGCCAAGCUGCUGGCCAAGAAUUUCUUUAUGGACCUCUGCGCCCUGACGGCGGUGCGCCGUCAAAUUGUUGCCGAGCUGCACGGGGCGCGCCGGCGUCCUUCCUCGCGGGUCAGUUACCCAGUGAGCAUCUACGGAGCGGCGCGCCUGGACGGGGGCUCGCUGUCGCUGCAGUGGCUUACCCACGAUCUGGACAGCGUGGACCACUUUGACAUAUUUGUGGACGACGUGCCCAGCCGCAGUGUUUACAACCGGCUAGCGACCCGCACCGUGCUCGUCGACGUGGACGCCGCCGAGACGCACAGGUUGCGCAUGCGGGCGGUGCCGGAGCGGGGGAGCGGUGGUCCGGACUCCUCGGUGGAAAAGUUCAUGUCUGAGGUGGCCGCCGGGCACAUGCGGCAUGUGAGGCAGGGCCAGCUCUUUGCCAGGUGUUUCGAGCACUUAGACGCCCUGCCGCAGCAGCGAACGGUCGUGGAUUUCUGGAGGGACAGCGAGUUUCUGUACAUGCCCCCUCGCGACUCCUCUCCUUCCACGGAGGGUCGCUGACUGGCCAAAAACAACUGAUUUCUGAAGGCCAAAUCUGGCUGGUAGUGGGUAUGUAGCGCAGCAGGCCUCCUUGUGCGGAACAAGUGGCCUGGGCGGCUACCUCUACCUGUAUUCCGGCCUGGAGGGCCCAUCAGAAAGUGAGCUUUCAGCGUCCUGCGAUGAUGAAGCUGUGUGUCCUUAUCGCUGGCCCGCAGGCAGCUGUCCUCGAUUUUUCUGUGUGUGCACUAGUACUGAUGUAGGAGCUUCGCGCGGAUCUGUCACAGAUUUCGGGCCACAGAAUGGCAUGAUGAAUUAUAUGUGAAUGCCUCGCUCUCUGCUCGGCUGGCAUGGCUAUGGAAAUGGGUGAAAAUCAGAUAAAUAUAAGCGCACUCGCACUUUAAUGGGAAGAGGGGCCGUGAAAAGCCAAACCAUUAAGUAUUUUAA